CCGCCUCCACUCUCUUUCACAUUGUUUUGAAUAGAUUAGCUUGUCCCCAGCUAACCGGAGUCGGGAUGGAAGAGGAGCCGGACACCGGGAAUUCUUCCCGGGCGGAGAGGAAAGCGUUGGAAAAAGCCAAAAUAUUGCAACGUGAAAGAGAGAGGAAGGUUUUCACACUGGUUGGACGGGUUCUGAAGAAACCUGAAGCUGAGCGGUCGGAGGAAGAGGCCGCAGCGCUGCUGCUACACAGAGAGGCUGUGGAUGAGCUCUGCAGGAGGCAAAUCCGUAGAAAUGUCCUGAAGAGGAAGCAGGAGGAGGUAUAUGACGCCGCCGAUGAGUUAAAAAGUAAAGUCAAGCAGCUGGCUGCAGCAGUUCAGCAAGCCAAUCACCUGGUGGUUUACACUGGAGCUGGAAUCAGUACGGCAGCCUCCAUCCCAGACUACAGAGGUCCUAAUGGGGUGUGGACGCAGCUGCAGAGGGGCCUAACCAUAGGCUCUUCAGACUUGAGUAAAGCCGAGCCGACCGUCACACACAUGUGUAUCAGGAUGCUGCAUAAGGAGAAGCUUGUGAAACACGUCGUUUCUCAGAACUGUGAUGGGCUUCACCUGCGCAGCGGUCUGCCUAGAGAAGCCCUGUCUGAGCUCCAUGGAAACAUGUUCAUCGAGGUGUGCACUGCCUGUUCUCCUGCGAGGGAGUUUUUGCGUUUAUUUGACGUGACGGAGCGGACGUCGCUGCACCGCCAUGGGACAGGGCGCAGAUGCAGCCACUGUGGCAGUGAGCUGAGAGACACGAUAGUGCACUUUGGGGAACGUGGAACCCUGGAACAACCUCUAAACUGGAAGGGAGCAGCAGAGGCUGCCAAGGAGGCCGACAUCAUACUCUGCUUGGGCUCCAGUCUGAAGGUGCUGAAGAAAUACGCUUGUUUGUGGUCUAUGAACAGACCUGCAAACAAAAGGCCCAAACUCUACAUUGUAAAUCUCCAGUGGACUCCAAAAGAUGACCUGGCUGUGCUGAAGAUUCACGGCAAGUGUGACAAUGUCAUGAGUCUCCUCAUGGAAGAGCUGGGCAUUCAGAUCCCUAAAUACAGCAGAGCAGACGACCCCAUCUUCAAUCUAGCUACGCCUCUUUGCCCAGAGGAGAUCCAAAGCCAUACUCGUGAGGUCCUAGCUGCCGCUGACGGACAGGAGGGCUCCUCAGCCGAGAACGAACAGUCGUCGGAGGAAACCUCAUCCUUGCAGGGUGGCUGGUUCGGUCGAGGCUACAGCAAAGGCAGGAGGAAAAAGAAAAGAGCUGCAUAACUGAGGGAACGUCCUGGAGAUGGUGAAGUGCAGUCAGGUGCUACUAGUGAUUUAUACUCCUGUGCCAAUGAAGAGGACAGACUCCAGCUUUAAUAUGCUGUUGCUACCUGUAUUGAAAUAACUAUACACAUGCAGCAUGUGUAUGAGUGAGGGCAUUUACAGAAAGCUCUUUGCACUGUCAGUUUGUUCUACGUUUAUUCUGUAUUAACAGCGGGAUUUAAAAGUAGCUCCUGUCGUGCGGUGGUUGUAUUUUUAUACGACCUUUUAUUAUGGCAGCUACCAGAUCUGGAUUAAUAAGAGCUACGUUUAACGCACUUCAGCUGCUGUGGAAUUACUAAGCUGGGAAAUUACUUUAAAGAAAAAUGUUGGUAAAAACUCUCCUUAAAGUCUUAAAAAGAGACAGAAGAAAAAGCCUUUCAGGUUAAGGCACAGGAUCUUAAUGUAGUCUGUGUGGAUAGUUUGAAAAAUACUCCUGCACUUUUGGCUCAUCUGUAUACUCCAUAUGUAUCUACAACACCACGCUUGAAUUUUUUCUCCAAGCCAUUGUGGAAAUAAUUUGAUUUAAUGUUACCUGCUGAUUGGAGAUUGACUAAAUGCAAGUUAUUUUCCUUCCAGUACUGAUAUGUGAAGAAUAAAUUACCUAAGUAUUAUGGAAAACUAUUAGAAAAUGUAAACUUGAGGCUUUUUUGUUCAACAGUCGAAUGUUUCAGAGGAAGCCAAGCAGCAGAAAAUUUGAGUUUUAACAGUUAAUUAAUUUUCAUGUAAAAUAUAUUUUUCUUACUCUUUUUUUUUUUUUUCUAAAAGUCGCAUAUUUACCUGAACUGCAUUUUAUUUUUUGCAUGACUGAUUUGUGUGUUUGUUUUGAAGGGGGUUAUGGUUUACUUACAUGAUUUCCCUAAACUUGGCAGCCACUCUGUAACCAACCAUCGUGUUAGUUGACUAAGUUCUGGAGCCUUUUACUUUACAAAGGUUGUUUUACAAUUUUCUUCAUUUGUUUACUGAGAUGUAAUAGUGGAAGAUAUUCAAAUUUUACACGCAUGUUGGUUGCUUCUUAUGUUAUAUAACUUUACGUUUUGUUUGGUUAGAAACAAUUAGAUUGAUUAUUUUAUCUCAGGAAGAUGCGAAGACUCAUUUGGUUUUCUCUUGGUGCAUUUUGUAAAGCUUUUGUUAUAAGACAAAAAAAGUAAUCGAAGAAGUCAUUACUGUACUUCCUCAUGCUUUCACUAGUUGAAUAAUACUAGAGGUGCUACUGUUAGAUGAAAUGUUUUUUUGUUUUUUUUCUCGACAUUGUAAUGCUAAGAGGUUUAAUUGGAUCACAUUAUUGUGAAGUACGAACAGUAACAUGUGGAACAUCACAAAGAUAUGAACUGUGUGUGUAUCAGAAUUCAAUGUUAAGAUGGUUUAUUGCUAUUACCUGGUGUUAAACUACUUUGUUUUUUCUCUUGCUGGAGAGGAUAUUCAGAUGCUUAAGGAAAGCCACCAUAUUAAAAGCUUUUGUUGCUCA